AUGACCAAACUUGUUGACUCAACAAGACAUCAACAAAGACAGAUACUUCCUACGCAUGAACACAAGACCACAAGCAACUCCCUGCCACAAACACCUCUUUUCCGCAAUGCAUCGAAACACUGGCACCAACCCGACGCGCCUUCCACUCUAUCCCAGGGCCGAUCUACAGCCACCAAGUAA